UCGAUAAGUAUCGAUUACCAAUAGUAAACGAUACGCGCCAAGUCUACAAGUGUCUAGUACAAUUUUAAGUUUAUUUCUAUAUUUAUAAAUAAAUUAUGCGAAAUUCUACAACACCAACGCACACUCUGAGUUUUCCAGAGCAAUUAGAGUGUUUUGAAUUUUGUAAUAGCGAUUUUGCAAGUAAUUUGGUAGCGCUUGCUAGUCAUAAGAAGAUUAUAUUGGGUCUCAUAAGUUUGCCGGAAGAAUCUGGCUGCUUUGAUUGGAAGCGUAUAAAAGACUUGUAUCACGAAAGUCGCUGUGUUUCAUUAUGUUUUGCGCCCGAGACUUCAUUGGCAGUGGUGCCGAAAUCGGUUAUAUUUUGCGCUGCUGGCUCCGAUUUUCGUUUACGCAUAUUUCGCACAGAUCUGCAAAACUCUGACACCGUGCAAAUACUCAAUGGACAUAGUAAUUAUAUCAAUGAGGUUAUAUGGGAUUGCAAUGGCGAGUUCCUGGCAUCAGUCGGCGACGAUAACACUUGCCGUAUUUGGGAUACCAAAUCAAAUUUUGAAAACACUAUAACAUUUCAUUUGCUGUCAGCUGGUAUGUCGGUGAAAUGCCAUCCGGAGGAACCACGUAAAGUAAUAGUAGCGGAAAAGCGCGGUGUUAUACACCUAUACAACAUACAAACACAAGCAGCAGUGAUAUCGGUAGAAGCGCAAAAGUCACCGCUAAAAUCAGUGGAUUGGUGUCCAUUAAAUCGCAUGUGCAUAACAGCGCUCGUAGCCGGCGAUAUAAUAUCGUGGGAUUUGCGACGACCAACGCCCAUCGAUGUAAAACAGGUCCAUGAAGAUGGUGGACAAAUUGUGCGUAUAGCGCCAAAUGCAGAGACGGUGGUCGCAAGUGUUGGACGUCCGGAUGUGGCGGUUAAAGUUUUCACCGCAAAGUCGAGAAUACCUUUAGUCGAUGCGACGCUUAAGCUAUACGGGGGCCUGUCUUGGCACCACCGCUUACCCUACAUAGGAGUGGCAACAGAUCGCAAAUUAUGCUUAUGGAAGUUGCAAAUUAAAUAA